AUGAUAGACUCUACCACCUUUUUUGACGGUAAUUUUAAACCUCGCCUUGAAGAUCAGAUUUUGGACAUACAGAAUCCACUACCUGAUACCCAGCAAAAUCAAAUAAAUUCUUGGCUAGGAGUGUUUGCAGAAACCGACGAAUUGCUGAAGCAGAGAUCAAGAUCUCAAGGAAGCGUCAGACGUCGUGCACGUUAUUUUUCGAGAAAAGUUCAUGCUAUAAACCCAGAACUAUUUGUGCUCUGUUCUCUGUCAUUUCCCUUUUCCCGCCUGCCUAAAAUUCCGACUGGAACAUUCUACGACGACCUUUCUCACUGGUGGGCAUCGAAAGCUCCUAUCAAAUCACUUCCCGAGGUUACCCGCACCGUUUGCCAGAAUCUACCACCACCGAAUGGAGACAGUCAAGGCUCCCUGGUUCUCUCCCCGCUGAGCAGACCAAGGAGACGCCUCCAAUUUGGCCUUCCAGAAGAUGUGCCUUCGGCAGGGCAUUAUCGCAACUCAAUGAUGGCCAUAUAUCCUAGCCGGCGGCAAGAUUCAAAACAAACUAGAGAGCACGAACAUGAGCUUGUGGAUAAAACGAAUGAUAACCCUGAUGAACCCGGCGAACCGUUGUCAAAGCGUCCGCGGUUAGAACCUCAGGUUCCAGGUAAGUUAAGAAGUGCAUUACAAGAUGCGAUGCCGAAACUCAUCCAGUCAGGGGUUCCGAUGUUAUUUGGUGAUGGUCCGUAUCUAUCCUUCGCUUUUAUGAGACGCCAUAUGAUCGAGAAACUUCCUGAACCGUUUCAGGCCGGAAUGAAGACGAGCAAGUUGUGGAAAGAGGAGCAGCAGAGGGGGGGCUUAUCAGUCACGAACUGCUUGUCCCUGUAUCUGCCGGAGAAGAUUAAUGAAGAUGCUCUUUUGGUUGUUAGGAUGGGGUAUUUCGAUGGAUUCAGCGUCUCCGAUACCUUAGGACUCGGGGAUCCUCAAGAUUCGGCUGAGCUGGAGAUAGAAGACGUGCUGGGGGGAGCUAUUGAAUAAAGAUGACA